AUGAGUGUGCGACGCAUCCUGGGGCGUGAUAUGCGGGAAAUCACGCGCAUAAGAAAAACCCGGCUACACACCUCAUGUACCGCCUGUCUGCUUCCUCCCCUCAUCUUCUUGCUUUCUCUGCUGCUCCCUACUUCUUACGCCUACGAGCAAUAUCUCUUCAGUAAAGCCUCUGAUAGCUCGCGGCCGGAGCUUAAAAGUGUGGAAGACCUCAGUCGUACGGCCUUCGAGUCGCUCAAGGCAAAUGGGGAGCCGUGGGCGAUCAUGUUUUACUCUCCUACAUGCGGGCACUGCCAACAUUUUGCACCCACGUGGGCAGCCGUGUGGGGGGCGCUAAGAGGAAAAAAGGAGCUGGGGGGGCUUCAAAUUGGUGCUGUAAGUUGCCUGGCUGAGGCAGGGGCAUGUCAGGAUGAGAGGGUCCAUGCGUACCCCACGCUCAAGGCCUACGGCGUGCGAGGCAGUAACGGAAAAGGCACGGCCAUUCCCAAUAACAAUGACGAGGAUCUGAUCAGUUGGAUCACAUCCAAAUUUACUGAGCAAGUUGCUGGGGAAGACGAGGGAGAAGUUCUUAUGGGCAAUGAAGCACGAGAGCCGGCGAGGUCGGCGCCCAGAGAAACUUCCGUCUCCCAGGAUCAACCGGGGCCCGACUCGUCACGAGCUGCGCCUGCCGCAUCUAAUAUUGCCGCCACUCCAAAGAAGGAAGGACCACAAUCCCCGAACACACGUACCAGAUCUCAAGCUCCGGGCGACUUGGAGGCUGAGGAUAGUCUGAGCAUCCCUGCGCUUCGACGUGCGAGGGUGGAGGAUGCCUUCACCUCCUUGCGCUUCGCCUUGGACCACGACUUAUUUCUGGGCUCGAAAGUCCUCAGGGGUCAGGCCUUAAGUAGCCUGCGCGAUUUGCUGCACGUGCUGUCCCUGCUUUUCCCGGGAGGGCCACGACGCCGACUCUUCCGAGGCUUACUGGAGGCCGUGUACCCCUUGAAGGAGAUCGGCAUCGCAGAGUGGGAAGACUUACUUGCCCGGCACCUUGAUCCAGUGCUCCCAUCCCUGCACGCUGCGAGCAGGGCGGGAGGAGAAGGUGGUGAAGGGGGGGAAAGGGCAAGCAAGCGGUCCUACGAGUGGGCGGUCUGUGGGCGGGAGGCUGGCUACACGUGCGGCCUCUGGACGCUCUUUCACCUCCUCUCCGUGAAGAGCGCCGUCCGCGCCCGCGACAAGGCCGCCUCUUCCUCCACGAGUGUGGUCUCCCCUCUUAACGUCCUGCUGGUGAUCGAGGGCUUCGUCUCGAACUUCUUCGGCUGCCAGGAGUGCAGGGACCACUUCCUGAAUGCCUUCGAGGAAACGCGGGGCCGGUGGGCGGACAGGGGGCCCAAGGGGGCGGUCUGGUGGGUCUACGACCUGCACGACAAAGUGAACGUGCGCCUGGGAAAGCGGCGGUGGCCGCCGGUGAGGAAGUGUCCGAGGUGCUGGGGCAAGGAGGGGGCCAGUGGGGAGCCGGAGUGGGAGGCGCUCUACGAGGAAAUGGUGAAGGGAUACGACGUGCACGACACAGAGACGGCGGGGGAAGAUAGGGCGAUGGGGGGCCAGGUGCGGAGCAUCGGGGAGCUGGCGGCCUUGUCGCGGGACUACGCGUUCGUGAGCGGCAUCAUGCUCGUCCUCUGCUUCGCCUUCUGCGUGCGGUUGCGCAAGAAACUCCGGACCGGUCGGCGGAAAAAAUGGGAUACGAUGCUGCCCAUGUAG